UCUUUCUAUACAAACCCCCUUUUCUCCCCUUUUUCUUCAACCACAACUCUCUCCCUUCUUCUUCUUCAAAUUCUUACUUCAAAUUCUUUCUUCAAAUUCUUUCUUCAAAUUCAUCACAAUCCAAAACCAUGAUCCCUUCAAAACACCAUCAGCUUAAAUUUUGGAUUGACCGUCAAUUCUCCUCCUCUACAUCUCAAUUCUGGGACUAAUGAUGCUUCUUCAGGUUCGAUUUCUCUAACAUAGCAUCGCCAAUCGGGAUUUUUUUAAAGAAAAAAAAUUUAUAUAGGGGUUUUUGAAAUUUAUGGAAUCAGGUGUUGAACUUUUUGCUGAUCGGACAUCGGAAACAGGGAGAUCGCUUCUCAGAAGCAUCGAAGUGAAUCGGAUGGCGCCGUCGACGGCGGAUUAUGAAGAGGAGGCGAGGAUGUCGAAGCCUAGCAGUACGGGGUCGAGUGUGUAUGGGAAAUGGAUUGAACAUGAGAUGAACGAUGAAGAUGUGGAUGGGGAUGGAGCUUGUUCGAGAAGGAUAAGUGAUGAAAAAGAUGGUGGAACUUGUCGAAAAAGGUUUCGGUUUACUGAAGAUCAGUCGGCCGUUUUGAAAGAAAGCUCUGAAGAACAUGAUAGUCUCAAUCCCGUAAGUCUUCGAAUGGUUUGUUUUUGUUAGUAUGGAAGGUUUUCUGGGGAAAAACAAAGGGCUAUAUUUGUGGGAAAAUUGAUGGGGUGUUAUAGUAAAUUUUUGCAAGAGCAAACGUUGGAGUUGGCGAUACAGUUGGGUCUCCGGCCGAGACAAGUCGAAGUUUGGUUCCAACGUCUUAGUGCAAAUGUGAAAAUUAAUGCAAAUGUGAAAAAAUGGAAACCAAUGUGCAAAUUUGAAAGAAGGAAUCAGAGUACAAACAAUUUUCGUGUUCAUCAUCAACUACACUAACCUUUCCAAAAGAGCGCCACCCGUGCCAUGCUCCACCGAUGCGAACUCUUUCGUUCAACACAUGGUAGCAUCUGUCACAUGAAGCCCUUAAUCGAAACAUAGAGAGGAAGGAUUGGCAAAAUCGAAAAAGAGCCAAAUCGAAGCGGCAAGACAUCAUCGGAGUGGCAAGGGGAAGUCGAACAUCUAAUUGUUACAGCAAAGCCCUUAAUCGAAACAUAGAGAGGAAGGAUUUGGUUUCGGAGGCAGCGGGUGUGACUAACGGGCCAAUGAAACCACAGAGACGAAGAGAUCCGUUUUAGAGGCAACCUGCAAACGCAGCCAUCAACGAAAUGCAAAAGGGUUUCAACAGAGGGGAAAAGAAAAUGGGGAGGUAAACGAAACUAGGAAUACGAGUAAUAGAGAAGGAAAUCAAUACGAGUAAUAGAGAAGGAAACCCAUCAGAAUAGCGGACAAAUUACAGAUGAUCAUUUCGAAGGAUUACAGUUGGAAUGGAAGAAGGGUUUAAGGGGUUUAUGAGACGGGUUAUAGAGGGAAAGAGAGGGAAUAUGAGAGAUUAGGAUAACCCCAAUCCCCAUUUAUGGUAAACCGAGGCCCAAACAGGUAUAGAGCUUUAGACUCAAUCAUAAUUCCCCAUAUCUCCCAAAUACACUAAGUGUUUAUAUCGCCUAAAGGUUAAGUUUAAAAAGUCAAACGACUAAGCAAAGAUUAAGAACCUCAAGUUGGAUGUUUUUAGCAUUUAACGCGUCAAAGAUACUCAAAGCAUCUCGCAUGACAAGUAAAAACGUGUGCAGAGCGAGGUGUGACAUCCAUGAACAAAAAUGUGUAUUACAUCACAAAAUGUUCAAUUAGGAUGUUCUUUCAAAUUAA